AACCAAAUAUAAAUAGUAUACUCCCUCCCUGGUCGACAAUUUUUCCAAACAAAACAAUACAUACGCAAAUCGCGUUAUUGCUGAAAAUCAGGAUAAAAAAAAGUGAAAAAUGGGCGAACGCUAUAAUAUACACAGCCAGUUGGAGCACCUCCAGAGCAAGUACAUCGGCACUGGACACGCAGAUACGACCAAGUUCGAGUGGCUGACCAACCAGCACCGGGACUCGCUGGCCAGUUACAUGGGACACUACGAUAUCCUUAACUAUUUCGCUAUUGCGGAGAACGAGUCGAAGGCCCGAGUGCGGUUUAAUCUGAUGGAGCGCAUGCUGCAGCCUUGUGGACCACCUCCCGAGAAGCUGGACGACUAGGUCACUGCAUUUACUUAGAUUAUAAUUCUGAAAAUAAAUGAGGUUAAAACAA